AUGCCAUCAGUCAGGGCUGUUCUUGAUGCAUACUUAAAAGAUGGAAACCACAACUUUAUGAUUGUCCACUGCGAUAGUAUUUUUUUGUAUAAUGCUUUUAAUGCGGAACAGAUUGCUGAUGAUAUCACAGAUAGUUUACUGAAGUUUUAUGAAUCUGGUUACGAUAAAUUUCAUCUUGUGGGAUUUUCCCUUGGAGCUCAAAUUGCCGGUGUUGUUGGACGAAAAGUCAUUAAAAAUUCUGACGGAAGGUUUAAAAUUCCAAGAAUUACAGGCUUAGAUCCAGGAAAACUAAUGCCAUUAUUUGGUAUUUCAAUAGCUAAUCUAAAUUAUGAUGAUGCGAACUUUGUGGACAUUAUUCAUGCUGAGACAAAAUAUUUUGGAACUGCUGAAGCUAUUGGACAUGCUAAUUUCUGGGUAAAUGGUGGAAUAUCGCAGCCAAUGUGCAAGAGUCGGAUCUUUAUAAUUGUGUCAGUUUGCAGUCACUUACAAGCACCAGUCUAUUGGGCUGAAAUCGUCAGCUCUCAAAACCCAAAAAUCUUUCAAUCACAGAAAUGUGAAAAUUACGAUAAAUUUUUGAAUAAUCAGUGCAAUACCUCGGAAGCUACAUCGAUGGGACUUUAUGUCAAUUUGCAGUCACGAGGAAACUUUUAUCUCCAAACAAAUCACGAGCCACCUUAUUCUAAGAAUUAA